AUUUUAGUGGAUGAAUUAAACAAUCUAAGUGAAAGUAUUGAUUGGAUAGAUUAAUAAUAAUUAUAAUUUUUAAGGAAAUAUAAAUCGAAUAAAUGUAUCCCUUUAAAAAUACACAUAAAAAGAUGAGAUAGAUAUUUUAGUUUUUCCUGAAAUGGCUUUGAUUGGGUAAAUAUGAAUUAAAAUAUCAUAGAUACUAUUAUCCAGAUAAAACUGCAAUAAAGCCAUUCUUAGAAUAAUAUGCAUAAGGGCCUACUUAUGAAUUUUGUAAAUAAAUAGCUUAAAGAUUAAAAUGUUAUGUAGCCUGUGGAUAUGCAGAAAUUGAUGGAGAUAAAUUAUAUAAUUCAGCAGUUGUUGUUAAUAGAAAAGGGGAAGCUAUUUUAAAUGUAAGAAAGAAACAUUUGUUUGAAACUGAUAAGACAUGGGCAAAUGAAGGUUAAGAAUUCAAGUGUUUAGAAAUUUAAACGACAAAAGGUUAAACAAUAAAAUUUGCAUUUGGUAUUUGUAUGGAUUUAAAUCCAUGGGAAUUUAAAGAUAAUAGCAAAUUUGAAUUGGCUGAUUUUUGUAUAUAAAAUUAAGUGGAUGGUCUUAUUUUUAUGGCUGCUUGGAAUGUAAAUUAUGAUUCUAUUUUUUUAGGAUCAUGAACCUGAUAAUGAUGAUAAUAAGGGAAUUUUAUAGUAUUGGCUUUGGAGACUUAAACCAAUUAGAGAUGGAAAAUAAAAUAACUAUAAUAAAAAAUUCAUUUUCAUUUGUGCAGAUAAAGUUGGAAAGGAUGAAAAAACUUAAUAUAUGGGAUCCAGUUGUUUAAUUAAACUAAAUCCAACUAAAUUGAUAUAAGAUUUAUAAAAAAAGUAAGAAAGCUAUUUAAUCUGCAAUGUUUAAUUGUGA